AUACCAAAAUGUCAUGCGAUGACAACCCUAUUAACCCGCAAAAAUAGCGCGAAAUUUUGGUCUUUACGGCGGAGAAAAAAAGUGAAUUUUAUGUAAAUAUGAGCGGCCGAAAGCACAGAGGCUCAGAGAAUAUGGAAAAUCUUUGUCCUAUCACCAGAAAACGCUCGGCCAGUAAGAACUCCGCCUCUGCCGUGGGCGCUCUAGUUUCCGCCACGAAGCCGUCGCGCAACGAGCACCCUUCGUCGCCCUCGGCACUUACAUUUGAGGCCCUGGAGGAAAUGGGCAUUGGGAUGCUGGACUCAGAGGAGAGCAGCUCCUCAGCCCUCUCGGCCAUUGCUUUGGCGGUCAGUGCAAGUGCCACCAGCGACGACAACUCCAACGAGACGACUCCGUACGUCAGUGUUCCCCGUAUGGCGCACCAGCUUCAUCAUCCACAGCGACUGAGCUUGGGCUCCUCAGCGGACACCACUCAGGAAAGUAUCGCUGUCGAGGAUGCCAUGUCCCACCGCCAGUCGGCCGAGAAGCUGCAGAUCCUGGCACAGUCAAAGCGGUCGGCACUGGGCUCUGAGGGCGGCAGCAACUCAAAUUCACCAAGCAAGCGCUUGCGAAACCCCUUGGCAGCAGUUAGCUGCAACAACCAGAGUGAGACGGCGGCCAUGCUCAAUUUUCAGCCCUCCACCAGCAGGCUUGCGCAAGUUCGACAGGCAAAGAAGCAUUCGUCAACACAGAUCACUCGUCUUAUGCCCACGGACAGCUUUUUUGUGUACCGCACCCCUGCCAUGAGCGCCCACAUCAGCAGCGGGAUUAACUACUUUGAAAGACUUUCCGACGAAAUCCUCUUGAACAUCUUUAAGUGGCUCCCGAAGAAGACGCUACUGCGAAUGAGCACCGUUUGUCGCCGCUUUAACCGCUGUUCCCGCGAUGAGACCUUGUGGACAAGGUUGGAUCUGGGUCUGCGGACCAUUCGCCCUGGCGCCCUCGAGCAAAUUGUGCGGCGAGGAGUCUUGGUAAUACGUCUGGCCCAGGCUAGUGUUCAGGAACCAGCAUUCACACCAUCAUCGGCAGGAUUUAGGGCGCGACUUCAAUAUCUCGACUUGAGCAUGGCAUCCAUCAGCCGGAGCUCACUGCGCACACUAUUAUCUCACUGCCGCCAGCUAAAGAAAAUAAGCCUAGAAAACAUUGAGCUUGAUGAUAGCAUCUGCACGGAGAUCGCCAGAAAUAAAGCCUUGGAGGCAGUCAAUCUGACCAUGGCCAGCGGCCUAACAACCAACAGUGUACGUCUAAUGAUGCAGUCUCUGACCAACCUAAGCAGCUUAAACAUAUCGUGGACUGAUCUUAGCGCAGAUGCUGUCACGGCGUUGGUUACUAACAUCUCCCCAAAUGUUAUUCGGCUCAAUAUCGCUGGCUGCCGACGUGUUUUGUUUGACUCUCAUGUGGCAUCGCUACAGAAACGGUGCCCCCAGCUGUUGGAGCUUGAUCUAUCGGAUUGCAACAGCCUUACCCCAGCAGCCAUUACUGCAAUUAUGAAGUUUAGGAUGCUUGAAUAUUUAUCUGUUUCGCGUUGUUAUCUCAUUCCUGCUACCAGAUUCAUUGAACUUAAGGGUAUGCCCUCUCUGACCUAUUUGGACAUUUUUGGAAUGCUGUCGGACGCUGCUAUGGAAGUUCUUGAGAAGCAAAUGCCCAAAAUGGGCAUCAACAAGUUCAUUCACAGUUCAGUUUCCAGACCGACUGUGGGCACACGUCGCACCUCGAUUUGGGGCCUUCGAACACGCGACUAAUUCCCGGUCUUGCUUUUCCCUUUACCAUAAGAAUCUGUUUUACUGCGUAUGCCACCCCUAGCGCAGUUUUUUAUUCUCAAUUUAACAACAUAAAUAAUCA